AUGACGAUGAUGAUGAUGACUUCACAAUAUCUCAACCGGACAAACAAGACGUCGUGAUGUCGAAAGGAGAAGAUGAAGAAGGUGACUGUGUGUUGUCAGAGGAAGAAGACGGAUCCUCCGUAACGUCAGGAGAAGACGAAGAAGUAUUACCCCAUGUCGGAAGAUGAGGAACGUGACGAAGACGGGGAGGGUGAGGAAAAACAGCAAGAAGGGACAGCUUGGAUCGGGAAGUUGAUCGGUCGGCUGCACCACCACCUGCGUCAGUUACCCGUCGUCGGUUUCAACUCUGGGAAGUACGAUGUGAACGCCAUGAAGAGAGUAUUCCUUCCCCUCCUGCACACACAACAGGAGAACCUGCGGCCCAUCAAGAAGGACAACAACUUUAUGUCCAUCGAGACAGAUCAUCUCAAGUUCCUGGAUCUGAUCAACUAUGUGGCGCCCGGGUUCUCCUACUCCCACCUUCUCAAGGCGUACGAGUGCCAGGAGACGAAAGGCUUCUUUCCGUACGAAUGGAUGGACGACCUGAAUAAGUUGGAGCAGACAAGCCUUCCACCUGCCGACGCCUUCUACAGCAAGUUAGAUGGGACACACAUUUCUCCAGAAGACUACGUCUCCUGUCAGAAGGUCUGGGAAGAACGCGGCAUGAAGACCAUGAAGGACUUUCUGAUAUGGUACAAUAACAAGGACGUCGUUCCCAUGCUGGAGGCGAUCCAGAAGAUGGUCGACUUCUACAGAGACCUGGGGAUAGACAUGCUGAAGGACGGCAUCAGCGUUCCCGGUCUAACACUCAAGUAUCUAUUUAUGAACUUAGAGUCUGACACAUAUUUCACACUAGUAGACAAGGAAGAUGUGUACAAGUUGUUCAAAGAAACAUUGUAG